AAGUAAUUAAAGUAAUGCUAGGACUACUCGCUGUAAAUUUUUACUUAAAAAAUAUAAUUACGCCAAAUUAUAACUAACCUAAGUACAAUAAUGUCAAACUUAGUCAAACCCGCCGAUCGUUACGCUGGACUCGACCCAAGAUUUUGAUCCUUAUUGAAAUCCGUAUUUACCUAUACUAAUAAAUAUACAACUCGGUUGUAUAACUCAAUCAAACAGGGUCAUCCGCGAUUAGUGAAAGUGUUGGCUAAACUAUACUCACACCUACUGAACAACGAGAUGAAAGAUGACAACAUCCUGAUAACGCUGGGCGCCUAUCAGGCCAUACACUGCGCGCUGUACGGCCUAAUUAACCAUGGUGAUGAAGUGAUCAUAAUUGAUCCGGCCUACGAUGCCUAUGCCAUGAUUACUAGAGCUGCUGGCGGUGUACCCGUGCAUACGGCACUCAAACGGGUCGACACCUGUAAUUAUGGUAAUAAUAAUGAUAUUACCGGAGCUGAUGGUUGGGAAUUAGACUUUGCUGACCUGGAAGCAAAGUUUAAUCAUAAUACUCGGCUUAUCAUAAUCAAUACACCGCAUAAUCCAUUGGGAAAGGUAUUCACUGCAUCAGAAUUGUCGAGAAUCGGAGAGUUAUGUCAAAAAUACGAUACAAUCGCUAUCAUGGAUGAGGUGUACGAAUGGCUUACCUAUGAUAAUAACACACACUGUAGACUUGCCUCGAUGCCGGGCAUGUACGAGCGCACAGUGACCAUCGGCAGUCUGGGCAAGGCGUUCAACGUGACCGGUUGGCGGUGCGGUUGGGCCAUCACUGGGCACCCGGGCAUUAGACACGCGCUAACACUGGCCCAUAUGGCCAGCGUUUACUGUUGUCCCACACCUAUUCAAGAAGCAGCCGCGCGAGCGUUUGAAAUUGAACUUGAUAAACUCCAGCUCAAUCACGUGGACAGUAUGUAUUGGACACAACUGUGCGCACUGUUGGACAAAAAGCGAGCCCUAAUGUACGAUAUGUUGACCGACAUGGGUCUGAAGCCAAUGGUGCCCGAAGGGGGCUAUUAUAUGGUGGCCGAAUGCCGGGCACUCAUAGAUAGGCUAGAUUUGACCGCUUAUUAUGAUAAGAGGGGUAAAACGUUUGAGUUUGUCCGGUGGCUGUCCGCCCGUGGCGUACAGGCGGUUCCGUUAACUGUGUUUUACAGUACGGAUAAUAAGCAUUUGGCCGAAGGUUUGGUGAGAUUUUGCUUUAUUAAAAGCGAUGAAACUCUCGCUAAAGCUGAGGCUGUGUUGAGAGGUAUUACUAAUGAGCUUGGUGCUAAUAAGGGGUUUUAUUUGAGUCGCUAA